AUGUCCAUCAUGUUCCUCGCCAAGUCCCUGAUUGUCUCAUCCUUAGGUAAACCACCGACACGGCUCUUGGCACUUGUUUUCCACCUGCCCCAGCCUCAGCGGUUCCUGUUUGUGGAAGUUGGUGGGACAGCAGAGAUCCACUGCUCCUCCAGGGAAGAUAUGGAAGGGAGACAGUAUGUACUGUGGUAUGGGAGAAGGGCGGGUAAGGCUCCCACAUGCAUUAAGGACUGUGUGGAUGAUAAAAAUGUGAGCAAAUUUUCUUGCAAGCAUCAGACUCGCAGCACAUCACUGAUAAUCAGGGACAUCAAAAGGAAUGAGUCUGGCAUUUAUUACUGUGCACAUGACCUUGGCAGCUCACGGACUUUUGGGAAGGGAACCACAGUGAUCGUUGGAGACAGCUUCACCGACAGCAGCUCCAUGCUGCUCCUGGGCCCUGGUGCAGGGGAGAAGGGAGCCACGGAGCCUGCACAUCUGGCCUGUGUGAUCCGGUGCGUCUCCCACCUCGUCCAGGUGUCCUGGCACAUUCCCGGAGAGGAGCCAGCCCAGAGGCUGCCGCGCUUGCUGGAAGCCAGUGAUGGGUCCUUAACACUCAUCCAUGACAUCAGCAUCCCCUGGGCCAGCUGGUCCAGUGGGGCAAUGGUCACCUGUGAGGUGACGUUCAACUCCUCUCGCAGCAGUGUUACCAGACAUGCCAUGUAUUCUGCACCCCCUCGCAGCAGGUGCAGGCAGGAGGCCGUGCGCUACAUGGUGGUGGCUCUCCUGGUGCUGCUGAUGGUAUCUCUGACCUCCCUCUGGAUGUGCGUCUGCUCCAGUCCAGAAUUUCCGCUUGUGCGGUUCCCGGCGUCGGUGCAGCCCUAA